UCUAACUCGACUAUGUCCUAAGUCGGGGGCUUUUUGGCUGUGACAAACCUUCCGACAAAUAAAAACAGAACAACUCAAGUUUUGAUCACUUCAGCACUUGGAGUUGUUGCAGAAAGUUGGAGUUUCAAAAAUGCAAUAAUUUAGAGGGGGGACCCUUCUCUCCCUUGCGCUUUAAAGUAUUCUUUAAUUAUACAUGUUAUAAUAACAUUCAUCCACUUUUAUUUUAUUCAAAAUAAGAACAUCCAGUACCAAAUGUUUACAAAAUAAUACUCUUUGCUUGCAGUUAAUCAAGAUAUUGUACUGGAGCUGCAACUAUAGCAGAGAGAGGGUGGGUUCUAAAAUGUUUUCUGUGUUAAUGAAGAAAAUAGUUUUGAAUUUCUGGGAAGUGUAGGACUCUUAUAAUACUGCUAAUUAUCAUUUGCUGCUCGGAACAUUGACUCUAGUCUUCUGACAAAAGUUCAAUUAUAACACUGUUAACUGUGUUCAUCUAUGGAUAAAAAGUGUGUGUUUUCAUAUAUUCUUGGAGAACUAAUUCUAUGGAUAAAAAGUACAUGUGCGGUUAUAUUCUUCAACGACUAAUUCUUUCAUAACUAGGAACAAUAUCAUUCGGUGCUGUGUCUAUGAAGUGACGUUUGGACAAAUGUGAAAUUCCUUAUUCUUGCUACUUCGGAAAUGAAUAGUGCUACAAGGACAUAAAAAUACAAAUUUCGCUGAAGGAUGCAAGACUUCUUCCAUUGUUUUACUAUAAAGAAAAUUCAAAGGUAUCCAAUCCAUACUGCUAAGGUGCAGGUUCAGUCCAAAAAGCAUGUAUGCAUCAAAGUGGUGAAUUUCUGAUGAUCCCUGCCUCUGACAUGCAAAAUUUCAGGUAAAAUGUAGACAUGUACAAUAUGUAUACUUCUCCAUUACCCUCAAACCCCUUUCCCCCUUGGUGCAUACAGACUUAAUGAAUUGCUCCUUUUUGAAUUUCAAAUUGAUUUCUUAUCAUUACUUCUAUUUCAGGCUAAUUUCAGCAUCUGUUUCUCAUCAACAAUGUCUCCAAAUAAUUUAUAAUCAUUCUUCAAUUACUUUCAUGACAACAAAGUACAAAGCACAUCUACCAUCAGAAGCACAAAAUAUAACGAGCUGACCAUGAAGCACAGAAUACUUUUGUUCUUUCUGGUUCCUUCCUUUGCCAAAAAACUUGGCCUAACAAUUUUCAUUAAUUUACAGAUUCAUCACAUCAUGGCCACUCCAAAUACCCCACCACCAAAGACCCUGAAGAGGCCAAACAGCGAAAUCAACAAUAAAACAUUCACCGGAUAUAUUCACAACACAUCGCCUGUAAAGAGAGCGAGGAACAACAAUGACUACUUCGAAGCCACAUUGCAAACAAGUGGUAAAGAGUAUCAAAGGAUGGUUUGCUUCAGCAAAAGGAUGCAUCAAACUUUCAAAACAUUUGAAGAAAAGAAAAGCCCUGUGAAGAUCAACAAAGUUCAAACAUCACAAAAUUGGCACGAUUCCAGUAAAGAAGAUAUAAAGAUAACACCCUACACAACCAUGGAAACAUCAAACAUUGUACCAACCUACAAAUACAAGAAACCACUGGAAUUGGAUCUGCAACAUGCACUAGAUACAACCGUCACAGACUUCAUCAAUACUAUUCCAUCCACAGAAAAAAAAAAGAUCAACUUGACAGCACAUGUAACGCGUGUUGUUGAAGAAGAGACUCAACAAACCCUAAGUUAUACUACAGUUCCGAUCAACAAGAAGUCCUUCACUAUUGCUGACCAGAAUUCCUGUCUCACCCUUACAGCUUGGGGAAAUAGUAUUCCCAACAUCCAAACGGAACACACAUACAAGUUCCAAUUCCUGUCCAUCACCAACUACAAUGAUGUGAAACACCUCCAAACCACACCUACAACCAUUAUAGAGGAGGUAGCCACAAUGGAAAAUCCAAACAACGAGUCAUCUGUGACUAACAAUAAUACAAAAAUCCAAGGAGCAUGUUGUGAAUGUGUACAAUGUGACACAUCUUAUAACUGCUGCAGCUGCAAAGACACAGUCAACAAAGACCUCCUUGCAACAGUUACAUUCAAAUGCCCUCAUUGUAAUAUGAGACAAAACUCCACCUCGGCAAAAGAACAAUCAGAGUUAAAUUAAACAUCAUCGCUGAUGGUGUUAAACAUCGUAUCUCUGCCUAUAACAAUGCUGUUGUCAAUUUCCUUCAACAAAAUGAUGUACAAUAUGAAAGUGGAGACGACAUCGAAUCAUUUUUCUUGAGCUUGAAUUCAUUUGAUGUCACUGUAAACACAUCAUAUGUGGUCACUGAACUCGCCAUGUAACUGUGCAAACUAAAGAACUGUACCAUGUCCAUACAUUUUCACAAUUCUAACAUGUAUAAUCUUAAGAUACAGCGUAUUAUUUUAAUUUCUUAUCAGGUUCAAUUUUAGAACAUGGGUAAUUUCUUUCAUUAAAUGACAUAAGGUUCAUUUUAGAAGUCAAUUCUCAUUAUAAUAUUGAUAUUGAUCUAACAUGAUUCCUGCUGUAGACAAUGACUGGCAUUGGAAUCUUAAUAUGCUGAACACUUGAUUGAUUAUUUUUGGUUAUUUCCUGUAAUCUAUCCAAAUCACAAAAUAAUUGUUGCAUACCACAUCAGCAUAAUUACUGUAAACUCUAUACAAGACAUGUCACUGCAUCCCAAGUGGCAGCACAGAUAUGUCGGCGACAUUGUCUACUCAAUGAGAGAUGCUGCCACCUGGAAAGAUGGCAUCCUCACCUGAUACAGUUUACAUUACGUUGUACAUUUUGUUUUACCCUAAAAAGAAGAAUCCAAUUAGAGCCACCAAUUUAAAAUGUCAUGACUUCCACAGCAUGCUUGUGAACAAACAAUGUAUAAAUACACUCCCCAUACUACGAUCAGGAACGUUUACCAUAGUCGGCCGAUUUACCCAAAAAUCAGGCUGUACUGCAUUCUACAUUGGUAACUCUCACAAGUUUCUUCUGUGUCUUUGUUUUAUUGUCCACUUUGUUUUAGGUUGCCAAAUUAUACAUGUACACCGAAUCUGUUCUUCUGUUUUCUGGAGGUGAUCACAUCAUGAUCCUUGAAUCAUGUAAUUUUAUUUAUUUGCGUGCCACACCAGAAAAACAUUUCAAAAUUAUGUAUUUUUGACAAUCACAUACAUGUAUAUUGAUGUUCACAUUUUCAGUUGUGUUCAAAAUGCUGUGGACACCAGUUGCUUUUCUCGCAUCCUCUAGGAAGAACCAAAUUGUACCUACAUAUGUAUUUAAUACAUGGAUCUUUGGUUGAUUACCUGAUGAUGGCAUUGUAAAUAAAAUCUCACUAUAUGUGACUGCCUCCAGCUAAAGAGUCGUCAUGGUGACAGAAACGCAAAUUAAAUAUGAACAUUUCUGGACAUUUCCAUUGAAUGAGCUUUAUACCAACAAUGUUAGAAAUUCAACUGUUUUGCAACCAAAAAAUGUUUACC